UUUUAUUUUAUUGGCCGUGGCGUGUGCGUGCUGUGACAAAGCCAAUGAACUUUGAAAAACUCAGAAUUUAUUUGAAAAAUACAUAAACAAUAUUAUGCAUAUAUCCGUAUACUAAUUGUUGUCGGGAAAUUUGUUUGCUGUGCGUCGCAGAUAAACACUUGUUUCUACGCUGCAAGAAUUUUCUUUUAAAAAUAUACUACCGCUUGGCCUGAUCUGCUUUGUUCUGCGUUUUCGUAAACAAAUUUUAGUGGCCAGCGAUUUCACUUUUUCGAAAAACAUCCAAGGGUUUUCCGUACAAAGCUCUAAGAGACCAAGCCAAAGCUACAAAUGUGACAACUAACAAUAAAUUGUGAUAAAAUACAUGUGAACUACGCUGCCUAUUGGCCUUGCCUUCUCCCCAAAACUCUUCAUUCGGAGGGACCACGUCACAACCUUCGAUAGUACAAACGCCCUGCCCAACCUCAACUCAACCCCCCUUAGCUUCAACUGAACUCAUUUCAACAUGGACUUCGAUCAAAUUCUGGCCAAAUGUGGCGACUUCAAUCGCUACCAGUUCAUGAUACUCGCCCUCUUCGGAUUCAUUAAUAUCAUCGUAUCGAUGCAUUACUUUACCCAGACAGUCAUUAGUUUCGUGCCAGAUCACUGGUGCUAUCAUGAAAAGCUAGUGAAUAUGACCUAUAAGGAGAUAGCCGAAAUCUAUUCCAAGUUUGAGAAUCCAUCGUGCACGCGACUGGAGGACGUCGUUGGACACAAUGGUAUAGCCAGCACGGAGAAGUGCGAGCGAUGGAUCUACAACUAUGAUUUCGGUUACAGGAGCAUGAAUACAGAACUAAACUGGGUCUGUGACUCAGCGUACAAGGCUCGCAUCGGGCAGUCUCUGUUUUUCAUUGGCUCCGUUGUCGGAACUCUGUUUUACGGAUUGCUAUCCGAUAAGAUUGGCCGUGUUCCCGCCCUGAUAUUGUCCAACUUCUGCGGCUUUGCCGGAGACUUUUCCACAAUAUUUACAAAGAGCGUUGGUACUUUCACUCUUUGUCGUUUCAUAUCUGGACUGGCUGCCGAUACGAACUUCUAUCUCAUGUACAUAAUAGUGCUCGAAUAUAUACGCCCCAGCAUGAGGACACUGGGUCUAAACAUGGCUGUUGGCCUGUUCUAUUGCUUGGGACUGGUGUGUACGCCCUGGUUGGCGGUUCUGGCUGGGCACUGGCAGAUUUACCUAGCCUGCACCUCCCUGCCCAUUCUUUUGGUGGUACUCUACUACUUUGCGGUGCAGGAGAGUGCUCAGUGGCUGGUCACCCGGAACGACAUCGACGGAGCCAUUGUCAGGCUGAAGCGGGUGGCCAAGUUCAAUGGCUGCCGGGUGACACAGCAGGACUUUGACGAGUUCCGGCGCCACUGCCAGAUGACGCGGGAGAUGCAGGGAGGCGAUGACAAGAAACAUGCCACGCUUCUGGAUAUGUUCCGGACGCCGCGCAUGCGAAAGAAUACGCUUAUUUUGUUCUUCAAGAGCAUGGUGAUCACCUUGUGCUAUGACGCAGUUUCCCGCAACGUGGAGGGCAUGGGCAUCUCACCCUUCAUCAUGUUCUCCCUGAGCGCUCUGGCAGUGCUUCCCUCGAGCAUACUCUUGGUCCUGCUCCAGGACAAGAUUGGUCGCAAGGGCAUGGCCUCGGGAUCUCUGUUGGUGGGCGGACUUUUUACCGCCGCCGCUGGCAUUGCUAUAGCCUAUCAGCAGCACAGUCACAACGCCAUUCUGCUGGCGUGUCUUACAAUCGCCGCUCGGUUUGGAGUGGCCAUUUCCUAUGAGUCGGGAUCUCAGUACGCCACCGAACUAAUUCCCACCUGCGUUCGGGGACAGGGCGUGGCAGCAGUUCACGUGGCCGGUUUCGCGGCCUCUUUCCUGGCGCCCUACAUCCUUUGGCUGGGAACCUUCUUCAAGGCGGCCCCCUCGAUUAUCCUGGGUGUGCUCUUCUUCGCAGGAUCUUUUGUCUGCCUGCUGCUGCCCGAGACACUCAAUAGGAGCCUGCCCACAACCAUCGAGGAAGGAGAGGUGUUCGGCAAGGGCGAGCGCAUGUUCGACUUCCCGUGCCUGCACAACCGGAACGAUGACGAGGAAUCCGACUCGGAGCUGGAGAAGUACAAGCGAAAACACUCCCUGAUCGACGCCAAGCAGAUGGAGUCAUCCUCGAACGGAAAGCGCAAGCAGUCCCUGAUCGAUGCCGAUCGCGAGGAGCAGGCCCUGAAGGAUGCCAAGCACUGAGAGCCAGAGAUAGGACCUCAGUAGUUCGUAGUUUAGAUAACCAAUUUUUCUUUAGAUUGUAAGACCACAACCCACAAGCCUCGAGAGAUCCAAUCCCUACUCGAUUCUACGGCCAGUUGGAUGGAUAUCCUAUGCCUAUGAAGUGUGCUCAGUAUGCCGAAGCCGACGCGGAAGCCUUUCUUAUAUUUACAAAUAUAUAUAGAGUUUUCCCAAUUAUAUAAAUUUAUGUACGUCUACUCUAGCUCUAGCCUGUAAAUUUUACUCUAACAAAACCUUCUUUUUCCAAAACGCUGAUUGUGUAUAAGAUGAAAUCGUAAAGUUAACACUUAAGCGGCACAAAUCACUUAACUGAGACCCAUUCAAAACUUAAGAGUAAGAGCUUUUUGUAUAAACGCUAAGCUGCAGAAGUGCUAUACUACUUAGGCCAGUAACUGAUUGUUCUUAUUUGGAUCUUGAUCCUUAAGCUAAACGGAACCAUUAAGCAAACUGAUAAUAAUUAUUUAAAUUCUAAAAAAAAAAACAUUAAAUAUACA